AAAAUAAGGUACGAGUCGUUCGACAUGGCAUUGAUAGAAAUCUGAUCGACAGGGCGAUGCCAGUGUAUACGUGGAACCCCGAGAUCUCUCGCCGUGGCCUGUUCUACGAAUGGGUUGGAUGGGAUCACCCAUCGAGGCGUGGUGUGACCCCUCUCCUUUAUUUGCCUCGAUACCUUCAUUUCAUCUCGCUACAUUCAUCAGAUACACCGUCAAUCCCAUUAACUAUUUUUCCGAGAAAAUAUUCUUAAGGGGUUACAUGGGUUUCACGGUUUCAAAAAAUCGAUUUUUUUUUUUUCGUCUUAUUAAAUUCUAUAACAUCUCUAGAAUAUUGUCCUAAAUUUUCAAGUUGAUCCGAGUUAUAGUUUCGGGAAUACAGCCCUGAAAAGACGGACGCUCCAGGUCAUGUAUAGGCUGAGCGCGCAGUAUGUAUAACGCUGCAGCGGCUCGCCUAUCAUUAGCCGUAAUUAUUGUCCUUUUCUUUCACUGUGUAAGGUAAACAAGUGGGAAAUACUUCAUUUGGUGAUUUCUCGUUAAACUACGUAGUUUAUUUUGAGGUUAUAAGUGUUUGCUGUGAAUUUUUUCGAUAAAAAAUGCCGUUUAAAGUGUCUAGAGCCAAGAUAACGGACGGUGUUCGUAGAAAAGAUCGACCUAAGAAAAGGACACAAUCGUUUAAUCCGAAAAAUCGUGAGACAGAUGAUAAUUCUUUCACGAGUUCGUCGGCAAAGAAAUUAAAAGGCGAGGAUAAACAGCACGUGCCAGAGGAAGCCACACUACAAUAUUCGAUCAUUGACUUUGCUCUGGUUUUUUCUACACUUUCGUCUUUUGUACGGUGUUCAAACAUUAUUAAAAGUGCAGGUGAAGAACAAGUUUGUAAUGGAAAAAUAGAUUUUAAACAAUGCUCCAAAUUCGGUCUGGGAUUUAAACUUGUGGUACAAUGUGAACGAUGUAAACCAAAAUAUAUUUUAUCAUGUCAACAAAUUGGCAGAAUGUAUGAAUUAAAUCGGCGGUUUAUUUUUGUUAUGCGAGCAUUGGGUUUGGGUCUUGCUGGAUGCAAGAAGUUUUGCGGUUUGAUGGAUAUAAGCAGCUCCUUUUUGAAUCAAUCAACAUACGACUUUUAUAUUAGUAAAAUACAUGAAUGUAUUACCAUAGUUGCUGAGAAAUUGUUCUCCUCUGCUGCUACAGAGGAAAAGCAAAUGACAAGUUUAGCAAACAACAUUGAAGAUACGACAGAUGUGACUGUCUCCGGUGAUGGGACGUGGAAAAAGCGUGGUUUUGCAUCACUUUAUGGUGUGAGUUCUCUAAUCGGAUAUCACACAGGAAAAGUCUUGGAUGUUAUUGUUAAAAGUUCAUACUGUAAAUUAUGUGAGUCUUGGAAAAAAAAAUUAGAUACGGCAGAAUUUGAAGAGUGGAAAGAAGAACACAUCAAAACUGAUCAAUGUACCACCAAUCACACUGGAGGAUCUGGAAACAUGGAAGUAUCUUCAAUUAUUGAAAUGUUUAAACGUUCUAUUGUAAAACAUGGCGUGAGGUACGUAAAUUAUAUAGGAGAUGGAGAUUCUAAAACAUACUCUGGUAUUCUCAAAGCCCAACCUUAUGGUGAAGAUUUUGUUGUCAAUAAGAAAGAAUGUAUUGGCCACGUACAGAAGAGGAUGGGCACCCGGUUGCGUGAUUUAGUGAAGAAAACCGUUGAGGAAAAGAUGGUCAAAGGCAAAAAAAAUCAAAAAAAAAUUCUUUCCGGUAAAGGUAAAUUGACUAGUAAAUUGAUAGACAAAUUAACUGUAUAUUAUGGCUUAGCGAUAAGAAGAAACAGUGAUUCAGCUGAUAAAAUGAGGAAUGCAAUAUGGGCUACUUAUUACCACUACAGCUCUACAGACAAAAAUCCUCAGCAUCAAAAUUGCCCUGAAGCUCCAGCCACGUGGUGCACCUGGCAGCAAGCAUCAGCAUCAAAUAAUCUCUCAUCAUUCAAACACAAUUAUACUCCAUUACCAGAUGAUGUUUUGAUUGCAAUGAAACCAAUUUAUGAAGACCUGAGUAAGGAUGAGCUUUUGGAGCGGUGUGUUGGUGGAUUUACGCAAAAUACCAAUGAAAGUUUCAAUCAGUUGAUUUGGAAAAUUACUCCCAAAAUACUUCCAGCUGGGUCAAUAAUAGUUCAAAUUGCUGCAUUAAUCGCUGCUUGUACUUUCAAUGAAGGAAUAUCAGCAUUAUUAUUAACUAUGCACAGUAUGGACCUAAAACUUGGUCCAAAUUCCCACAAUUAUGCCCGAAAGAUAGAUGAAAACCGGGUGAUCGCAGCCGAAAAAAAAUCUACUAGCGAGACUCGUGAAGCCAGGGUUCGUCAUCGACAGGAGCAAAAGGAUGCCCUGGACAUUGCAGCUGCAGCAGGUUCUCUACUUUAUGGCCCAGGAAUCGACGAUUCAAUGUAAGUUGAAAAAAAAAAUUUUUUUCCCCACUUUUAUUGUCUCUAAAACUUUAAACGCGUUUUUCUCAAAACUAUGUUUUCAAAGUCGGUUGUCAAGAUUUCUCGCGAACUACUCAACCGAUCUUAAUGAAAUUUUACACAAGUCUUCGAGAUAUUAUUUACAAGGUCUUGAACGAAGGAUUUUUUUUUUUUUUAAUUACAACUAUUUAAAAAUUGACAAAUUUCGAGAAAUUUUCAUCAAAAUUUGCAUUUUUUUAUAAAAAUGUCUGCCAAAAAUCGAAUUUUCAUUUUUUUUUUUUUUCCUUCGUCCAAUACCUAGUUUAUUGUCUUUACUAAAACAGGAAUUUUUUCCUUUCAUUUCAGAUAAUCCUGAAAGAAGUUCUGCUGACAACGCGGAGGCACCUUUUUUCCGAGGGACUGCCGGAAAUGGCGUCGUAAUGGCCGCCAUCUUGACAUUUUUUUUUGAAAAUUUCACAAAAUGUUUAUUAAAUAUGUAUCUUUUAAAUAAUAAAAAGUUUCAUGUAAAUAUUUCAUUUUUUACAUGCAAAAAAAAUUAUUGAAAAAAGGCCGUUUUUUGCCCGACGAAACCCAUGUAACCCCUUAAUGC